AUGAAGCUUUUUACAGCAUUAGCUCUCUUGAUGACUACUAUCUCGCUAACCGUCGAUGCAGCCCCCACCUCCAGAACACCCACAUUCAAUGUUGGAUUAAAAAAAAAUGAAUUACCUGAUUAUCUAACUUGGUUACAAAAGAUACAGAUCAAUAAAAAUUAUGCCCUUUUGAAAUAUGCGGAUAAUAUUCAAUCAGCCUUUAGUAAUGGCUUAGUUAGUCAAGAUGCCAUUUCAGCACUAGAAGCUGCUUCCACUUCAGUCUUUGAUGCUUCCGCACCGAAGACUUUCAUCAUUGAAGCUGUUAACACCAAUAAUAGCACUGGAAUCAAUAAUGAUAGCCAACCUAAUAAUUCCGGUGGUGGGGUUUUCAACGGUCCUCUUCAAGAUGAAGGAAUGGAUAUUGGUUAUUAUGGUCCAGUUCAAAUUGGCGGCCAAACAUUUAGUGUAAUUUUUGAUACUGGUUCAUCUGAUCUUUGGGUACCUUCACAAGAUUGUUCCGAUUCAGCUUGUACAGCUCAUCAAACUUUUAAUCCAAAAAUUAGCAAAGGAUACAAAAGCGAUAAUAAGCCAUUUGAUAUUAAAUAUGGUACCGGUGAAGUUUCUGGAAUUAUUGCAACAGAUGAGGUCAUAGUUGCUGGUGCCGUGGCGAAAGGUCAAACUUUCGGACUUACAACACAUAUGUCUAGCGAUUUUGAAAAUACGGAUUUCGAUGGAAUUCUCGGAAUGGGUCUUAACCAAUUGAGUUCAGAAAAUGCGGCAACGCCUUUCGCUACGCUUGUUGCACAAAAUGCUGUUAAAGAUCCAGUUUUUGGUUUCUUCCUUGGGCGUCAAAAAGAUGGCAGCGACAGUCAAUUAACUCUUGGUGGUGUUGAUUCUUCAAAAUUCACUGGCCAGCUUAAUUAUAAUAAACUAGUAAGUAAUACUGGCUUUUGGGAGAUUGCUUUAGACGAUGCUAGCGUGAAUGGCACGCCACUUGGGUUCAGCCACAAGACUGCUAUCAUUGAUACUGGUACGACUCUUCUCAUUGCUCCUCCUGCUGACGCCGAAGCUAUUCACAAUGCAAUUGAAGGUGCCAUUUCUCAACAAGGUGUAUACUUUGUCCCAUGUCAAACUGACGCUGUCGUUGCUCUCACAUUCAAUGGUGUUACCUAUAAAAUUUCACCAAAAGAUCUUGCUCGUGAUCAAACGAACCAAAGUGAUAUGUGCGUUUCUGGUAUUUCUGGCGAAAAUAUCGGUGGGGAUAACCAAUGGUUAGUCGGCGAUACUUUCCUCAAGAACGUAUAUAGUGCCUUUGAUGUUCAAAAUCUUGCUGUUGGAUUUGCGCAAAUAUAA